UCAGCCUCUGUCCGGUGGUCUUCUCGCGUCCUCCUCUGUCUUCUGCAGUUUCUCUUUUGUUUUCACCGGUUUCUCUCUCUCCACGUGUUUACUGUCGGUACUGCUCGAUGGCCCAGGCCGGGGUGGUGCUGGACCGGGACCAGUUUAACUGCUCCAUAUGUCUGGACGUGCUGAAGGACCCGGUGACGAUCCCCUGCGGACACAGCUACUGCUCCAGGUGCAUCCAGGACUACUGGGACCAGGACGACUACCUGGGGGUCUUCAUGUGUCCGCAGUGCCGUCACAACUUCAACCCGAGGCCGCCUCUGGCCCGGAACACGAUGCUAGCCGACGUGGUGGAGAAGUUCCGGAAGACCGGACUCCAGGAGGCCGCGACGCCCGAGAGCCAGAGCUUCGCGGAGGGCGACGACGUGGAGUGUGACGUGUGCACCGGGAGGAAGAACCGGGCUGUCCGGUCGUGUCUGGUGUGUCUGGCCUCCUACUGCGACGUCCACGUCCGGCCCCACUACGAGUCCGCCGCCUUCAAGAAGCACCGGCUGGUGUGGGCCUCCAAGAAGCUGCAGGAGACCAUCUGUCCCCGGCACGACAAGCUGCUGGAGGUGUUCUGCCGCACCGACAAACAGUGCAUCUGCUACCUGUGUCUGACGGACGAGCACAAGGGACACGACACGGUGCUGGCUGAGACAGAGGCUCAGGACAGACAGAGGCAGCUCGGCGACAUGAAGCAGAGCUCACAGCUGAGAAUUCAGCUCAGAGAGAAGGAGGUCCAGGAGCUGAGACAGGCCAUUUUCUCUGUCUCGCGCUCUGCUCGGGCCACAGCUGAAGAAAGCGAUGCCCUCUUCACCGAGCUGAUUCGGUCGAUCGAGCUGAAACGCUUUGAAGUGAGGGAGCUGAUCAAAGCCCAGGAGAAGACGGCCGUCAGUCAGGCUGAGCAGCUGCUGGACAAGAUCCAGAAGGAGAUCGCCGAGCUGAAGAAGAGCGAGGCCGAACUGGACAAACUUUCCCACACCGACGACCACAUCCACUUCCUCCAAAGCUGUCAGUCCUUCCACGCUCCACCUGAGCUGUCAGCUUUGCCUCCAGUCACCAUUGACCCCAAUCUCACCUUCAGCACAGUGAUGACAGCUGUGUCAGAUUUUAAAGGACUGUUGCAGGAGGUUUGCCAGGGAGGAUUUAUCAGCAUCUACGAGAGAGUCAGAGAAGUGGUGAUUGUAGGUUCUUCAAAUCCUGCUGCACAGACAGACUCGACAGAUGCUGGUGACACUGCAUCAAACUUAUUUAUGGAAGCAACAGCAGCGAUCUCUCCGCCUGGGCUGGACCAAAGUCCCGUGAGUCCUCUCAACCCCUUCCUCACCCAGGGAGCUGUGCCCACGUUUGCUCUCUCACCAUUUGGUAAAUAG